AGGAGGAGUCAUUUCUGCGCAGGAAGGGAGUCAUGACUCCCGCUCCAGUGUCAGCAAGCUAACGCUGUUAAUGACAGCUCGGAGGCGAAGCGCGCGCACAGCCUCGGCAAGGUGCACGAGAACAACUACCGCAUGGAGCUGGCUCUGCAAAGCUACACCUUCGCGGUCGAGUUCGAUAGCAGCGUGCCGGAGUACUACGUCGACCGCGCCGCGCUAUGCCACAAGAUGGGCAAGCACACGGAGGCCUUCAAGGACUUGAUGAGCGUUCCGGCAGAGCAGCGCACGCCCGAGGUCUACAAACUCGCAGGCAAGAUCCUCACCUCGCUGGGUUCGUACACGAUGGCGGAACAAUGGUACAAGGAGGCGUUGAAGACAAUGCCGAACGAUGAGGAAACGCUGCAGCUCUUCCAGAUCACGAGAACGAAGCGUCUCUACCAGCCGAUCAACACGUCCAAGUGGCCUGUCCGCGUCAAGUUCAUGGAGGACACUGGCAAGGGCAUCUACACGGAGAAGAAGAUCGAGCCGGGCGAGGUGCUGUUCCGCGACACGCCCGUCGUGAGCGCGCAGACGAUCGAGUCCGCUCGCUCCUCGCCCGCCUGCUCCCUGUGCUCCCGCUCCAUGCUCACGAAGGAAUUCUACUUCGGCAAGAUAUGGGACACACUGACGACGACUCAGCGCGACAUCGUUGCUAAGCACUGGCCCGUCGUCAAGGCGAUGACGUGCGCGCACUGCGAGCGCGAGUGCUACUGCAGCGAGGUGUGCCGUGACGUCGCGUGGAGGCAGCACCAUCAGUUCCUGUGUCCGGCGCGCAACCCGGCCGCGACAGAGCUGUACGACUUCUGCGAUCGCGGCCGCAACAUCGUCGAGGGCAUGUGGAACUCGGUGUUCAGCCCCAUGAUGCUCGCGCGCGUCUGGGCGUCCAUCUUGUCCGUCGUCAAGUUCGCGACGAUGGAGGAGAUGCUGGAUGAGCCAUCGGAGGAGAGCUGGCAGAUGGCGCGCAUGCCCUUCCAACGCUUUGUGGCUUCGGGCACGAGUGGCUACGCGAAGACUGUCCCGGACAUGGUCGCGCUGAUGGCUCGCAUCUUCUCCGCCGCGGACGACACGCUCACGCUCGACGUCACCGAGGAGGAGUUCGAGACGUGCUACUACAAGGUGGCGUGCAACGCGCAGAGCUACAGCUCCACGCUGUACGCGUCGCUCAUCCACGCGACGUUCGUCGGCCGCGUCCGCGAUGCCCCGGACGACGCCGCCGCGCUCGCCUUCGCUCUCCGCGACCUCGAGCCGCCCGACGACCAGGUCUUCGGCGGGCUCUUCCAGAUCCAGUCGUGCCUCAACCACUCGUGCGCGAAGAACGCCGACGUCGUCGACUGCCAGUUCACGCCGAACGUCGCCGGCGUCGAAGUGAAGGCGCUGCGAUGGAUCGAGGUCGGCCACGAGGUGACGACGGUCUACGUGGACACGGCGCUGCCGCGGCGCGUCCGCCGCGCCUGGCUGCUGCGCGCGUACAACUUCCUCUGCGAGUGCGAGCGCUGCCGCUUCGAGGGCGACGACGGGUCGCGAUGCUGCCAGUGCGGCGCGCGAACGAUCCCGCCCGCGCGCUCCUGGAAGGCGUGCGGCCAGUGCAGGCAGGCGUGGUACUGCACCCCGCGCUGCCAGAAGAUGCACUGGAAGGCUGGACACAAGAACGUCUGCGUCAACACGCAGCAGCAGGAGGCGCCACCGCAGCAGGAGGCGCCGGCGUGGACGGCGAUGGCGAGCGACGUCCCCACGCUCAACGAGGAUGGCGAUCUGGCGCCCUCUGGUGGCGGCGGCGGAGAGGACCUCAGGGAGUCGAUCGCGUCGAACAUCAUGGGUCCACCGCGCGCGCUCUAUGAGAUCCGCCCGCCAGAGAAUGACGGCGUCGUCAUCACCGAGAUCAAUGACGACGAGAAACAAGAGGCGUCUCCCGCCGCGCCUCCCCCAGGUGGCGACGACGGUCAAGAGGUCGCUCCCACUGCCGCGGUGGCGCCACCUGGCGACGUGGCUGUUGAAGAAAUGCCAUCUUCUGCGAAAGCAGACGACACACCCGAACAAGAUUCCGUCCCAGCAGAAGCCAGUGUUGUUCCCGAUGGGUCGCUGGCCACAGCUGUUACCACCCAACCGGCAGCACCCGCGGAGAAAGCAGAGGAUGCUACCAUACCAGAGGCAACAGCAGCACCUGAAGCUGCUGCGGGGAAACCAGAGGAGGCUGCGGUGCCAGAAACAGCUGCAGCAGCAGCAGCACCGGAGAAGAAAGCAGAGGGUACUGCACCAGAGGUAACAGCAGUGGCAGCAGCAGAAAAACCAGAGGCUACUGUACCAGAAACAGUCGCAGCAACAGCAGCAGCAGCAGCAGCAGUAGAACAACCAGAGGCUACUGUACCAGAAACAGUCGCAGCAGCAGCAGCAGCAGUAGAACAACCAGAGGCUACUGUACCAGAAACAGUCGCAGCAGCAGCAGCAGCAGUAGAACAACCAGAGGCUACUGUACCAGAAACAGCAGCAGCAGCAGCAGUAGAACAACCAGAGGCUACUGUACCAGACACAGCAGCAGCAGCAGCAGCAGCACCAGCAGCUGUAGAAAAACCAGAGGCUACUGUACCAGAAACAGCAGCAGCAGCAGCAGCAGCACCAGCACCAGCAGCUGUAGAAGAUCAAGAAGGGGCGACUGUUUCAGAAACAGCAGCAGCAGCAGCAGCAGCUGUGGAAAAACCAGAAGAGGCUCCCGCACCAGAAUCGUCACCACCUCCGCCAACUCCCGACGAACCGGCAGCGUAAUGAUGACGGAACCUUAGCAAGCCGGCAACUCUUACGACUAGAACAAAUUUAUCCCACCAGAGGGCGCAGUCAGCUGCGGGCAUGGUGAGCCGGCAGCGGUUUCCUUCCUCAACUGCUCACGAACCAAGCGACGUAGCGUUCACUGCUGCCGAUGUUCUAGGAAGAGGACGUCCGCUCCGGAGGCCCACUUCGAUGCUACUCAGGGCAUGAGGCAUUCUUCUGUCGAUGGAGAGGGGAAGAGAGUUCCGAUGUACCCUUUUUUGGGUCGUGUGAGUUCUCAGUGACAGACCUGGUUGUCAGUGUGGGACCGGGGGACUCGCAUAAGCACAUAUUUAUUGGAUGGAAACAUUUCCGACGAUUAAGAAAUGUUUGCGAUCACACGGCGUCGGUUGACGUUAGACAGGCAAGGAGUAUUUAUUAUUGCAAUUCCCUUUUUUGUGAAUGCAGGUACGGGGUUUUUUACGCGAAAAACGUUUGCAUGUUUUGGUGGUAAUCUCUAGUUCUCUAUCCUAGUGCGUGGUGUUAUUUUAUAUGAGCUGUACUAAAACGAAAUCCGAGCAUCUGCCAAUGUUGUUUAGAAUUAUAAUUAGUUGCACCCGAGUGCGUGCACAACGGAAGCUGGUGGGUGGAUCGAGAUGCACGUGUUUUCAGUAUCGUGACUAAUCGGAAUCGAUCGCGAAUCCUCGACAGUUCCUGUGUGAUGUUUUACUUGUGACCCUGUAUUCAAGCGUGAACGUUUCUGUGAACGAAAUAAACCCGUUCGUACGAAAACA